AUGCUUACUAUUGAACUUAAUUGUCUUAUUUAUGGUAAUACUUUUGAUGUUGUUAAUUUUUUUUUAGUUGAAGUAGAUGCCGAAGCAAGUGUUAGCAGGCUUCAAGAGAUUAUUAAAGGAAAAAAACAAGACAUUGUCCGUUUUAAUAAUAUAAAGUUUAAAUUAUGGAAUGUUAAUAGAUCAAAUGAGAAAUUGAAUAUUCUCUUUGACAACCUGAAUGCAAACAUUAAGAAAAAACUUGGAGGCAAGAUUUUAACUGAAAUGGAUAAUAUUUCCAAAUAUUUUCUUCACGAAUUGAACAAAAAAUAUAUAUAUAUUAUCAUUGAAUUGUCAGGUUAUCACCUCACUUUUAAAAAUUGUACAAAAAGGAAAAAACUUGUUCCUAUAGAUAAGAUUAUUUUCAAAGGAGAUUCCUUCGAGCUAGAAAGUGAAAUUAUCUGCACUGAUUUGGUAAUUAAAAUCAAAUUUAUCAAUAAAUCAGAAGAACGUUUGCUAGAUUCAUUUUCUAAAUUCAUUGAAACAGUGAAAGAAGUUCAUGAAUUAGAUUCUGAAAAAGAGAUCAAUGUUAUAGGCUAA